UCCAUCACAUUAUCAAGUUGUCAUGGCUUCCAUAGCAAAGUUCUUCUUCAUUCUCCUCUCCCUUUGCAUGCUAAAUUCCGUGACUACCGCUAGUAAUGUCACUGCUAUCUUCGCCUUUGGCGACUCUACCGUAGAUUCGGGUAACAACAAUCACUUUAACACUCUCUUUCGUAGUGACCACUUACCCUAUGGUCGUGACUUUCCCACCCACCUUCCAACGGGGAGGUUCUCAAACGGGAAAAUAGCGACCGAUUUCCUUGCCCAAAUUCUUGGCAUCAAAGAUCUCUUACCUGCUUAUCUUAACCCACUUGUGACCGAUAAUGAUUUGAUCACUGGAGUGAGUUUUGCCUGUGGUGGUGCCGGCUUGGACCCCAACACCGUGGCAUUGGCCAAGGUUUUUGGCUUGUCCACUCAAUAUGGUUUGUUUGAACAAGCCAUGCGAAGGAUAAGUAGCGUUUAUGGAGAAGAAAAAGCGACCAAUAUCGUCGAAAACGCUUUGUUUGUGAUUAGUAUUGGGACUAAUGAUAUGCUCUACAAUGUAUAUUUGUCACCGGUGAGGAUCACUCGCUAUGGUUCUAUUUCCUCGUACCAAGAUUUCAUGCUACAAAAUCUUGAUGCUUUUAUUCAGAGGCUCUACGCUGCAGGAGCACGUCGCAUUUUGGUGGCAGGUCUUCCUCCAAUUGGGUGUCUCCCAAUAGAAAUAACAUUAACAAGCAUGCUACCAAGCCAACACUGGCUCCAACGUUUGUGUAACAUCCAACAGAACUUGGAUUCUAAAGGCUACAACAACAAGCUUCAAUCCCAUAUUCAUUUACUCCAAUCCACACUCACAGCUGCUAAGAUCGCUUAUUUUGAUAUCUAUAAGCCCAUUCUGGAUAUGGUCCGAAAUCCAGCCAAAUAUGGCUUUGAAGAAACAGUUGAUGGAUGCUGUGGCACAGGGCUAUUGGAGAUGGGUCCUGUGUGCAAUAUAAUGGAACUAACAUGCCCUGAUUCGUCAAAGUAUCUGUUCUGGGAUGCUGUGCACCUUACUGAAGCAGGAAACUACUUUCUUGCCCAGAGUGGUCGAAAAAAUGUGCUUCCAUACCUUACUAAUUAGGCCACUACAAUUUUAGAUUUUAUAUAAGCAUUUUUUUUCUUGGGAUAAAUGUUUUAUCUUGUUCUUGUUCGUGACAGUUUGGCUAGGAAUUUUAUUUUAU